AUGCUCAUAACGUAUAAACGUGAUUAUUGUUACGUAUGCAGUAGCGACUCCAACCUUUGCCGGUUCAGUGUAUUUGAUGGGAAAUACCUGACCGUACAAAAGUGCAAGACAAAGUGUUUUAUGAGAACAGAGCAAGGAAAGAUAUUCAGAGGCUGUUUUGAUGGUUGGGUGAAAGGUUUGGUCCGCCAAGAUUACCUCGGUUGUCAAACACAAUCCUACCUCGGACAGACGGUUGAAUGGUGCUUCUGUAAAGGGACUGUGUGCAACGGUGCCUCGAGGAAUGCCCUUGCCAAGGCGUCUCCUCCAAGAGUUAACCGCAUACCAUUGGUUGACGAGGGGAGUGAAAAUGACGUCGAAGAAAGCGACGUAGAGAAUCAGUAUAGUCAGCAUGACAUGACAUUUGAAGCAUCGGAUAGACUUACUGAAGGUGGAUACAAUGAUCAAUCUACUGUUGAUCGCAAAAGUCUGACAUGCUUCGCGUGCAAUAGCGUUUCGAAACAUUGCCAGUUUCAAGUAACAGACGCACGGUACCUCACGGUGACUCCAUGUAAUUCGAAAUGCUUCGUAAGGAGAGACGAAGAGGUUACAUAUCGUGGUUGCUUUGACGGUUGGAUGGGGGGUGUAGUAGAGUUCAAUUAUGUUGGCUGUAGACGUCAGAGCUACCAUGGUAAGGUAGUCGAGUGGUGCUUCUGCGAGGAAAGCCGCUGCAAUGGUGUCUCCCUUUAUCACAUGGGCAUGGCUAAUAACAUCGGUCAACCCGCUAUAGCGAACAUAGAUGAUUCUUCCGUGGACGCUGAUCAUAGUGACAACCAGCUCCCAGAAGAUGACUAUCAGCCAGCAUAUGGCGCGGGUGGAUGUCGCGCUCUGCCAGACGGUCUAUAUCGUGAUCCCAACACCUGUUAUGGUUUCAUCCAUUGCUUCAGUGGGUUCACAUAUCGUAAUAAGUGUCCCAAGGGACUGGCAUGGAACGAAAGGCAAAAAAAUUGUGACUAUGUUUUCAAUACAGCAUGCGGAUACGCAGCGGCUGUUCAGCACUUUACCAAAACCCCGAGAGUAACCAAUUCGAAAGAAACACCCUCCUCGAACAAACAAGCUAAUACAGGAUAUCAGUACAGAUUCUUUAAGAAAUAGCAUAUAGAGACAUCUGAUCGCGAUCGUAAGCUCUCCAAACAACGUCAGAGAUGUACAACAUUUGCCGAAGAUCGUUUAUGUAAUACCAUCAAAUUCCGUUGUAAGAUAGAUACACAGUUAAAUAACCAAUGACAGAACGGAUAUGUGAUUUCCAAACAAUUACUCAGAUCGUUUAAAACAUUGUACAAGACAAGAAAAACAAGAGAUUGAUAGUGAGACAGAAUGAUGAUCCGAUUAAAAGAAAUCUACAGAAAAACAGAUGUCAAUAAAUGUUAAUAUAAAACAGACAAUCUAACUUGGUCUUACAUUCCAGAUAAAAGAAAUGUUUGUGUAGUAAACUAAUAGAGUUACCAACAGGUUCUGUAGAUAUUACAGAAAAAAACAUGAAUCAGAUAUAGCUAAAUUUCAGUUAAUGUAAAUAUGCAUGCAGGAAUGUAUAGUUAGACAAUUGAUUUUGAUGAAUUUUAAUUCUGUAAUGUUUUCAAGAAAAGUUAAUUAAGUAUUUUUAGAAUAUACCACAUUUAGAAAUUGACUGAUGACGUCAGAUGGUGACGCAUCAUAGCUACCGAAACCGAAAAUGUACGUAAAUUA